GCCACGACAUUUGCCCGAAUCCUCACGCGAUUUCCCCACAUACAGUAUGAACUUGCAUAGGUGGCCAAAGAGACUCUCGGAUUCAGUCGCUGUUCACCAGUCAUUGCGUGGAGUUGUUGCUACUCCACAGGGCCCCACAUUGAAGAAGAAAAAAAAGUUUAUUCAAACCUCCUAAUCACAUUCUGUGUCUGUGUUUUGUGAGCUGUGGAGUUUUUUUGUGUGUGACCUCGUGCUAGAGUUGUCUACCUCAUCUCUGUUUGACUCUGUAGCACUGGUGAGGGACAUCCAGGUGAUUUUAUUAGCAACACUGUUAAAAUUUGGGCCAGCCAAAGAGGUGGGAGACGGUCCUCGCGGGGGCUGUGAAUUUUAUUGAUUCCCUUUGUGCGAAGGAUAGUGUGAAAAAAUCUGCAAGGAUUUCGGUGUGAAAAGCAGAUUAGAAAAAAAUGCCAUCAGAAAAGUCAGUUUAUGAACCAAAUCCGGCUAUAAGUCGGUCAGCCUUUGUGUCCAGUAUGGAGCAAUAUAGGGAACUCCAUGGGCAAUCCUUGGAGAAUCCCGCCCAAUUUUGGGGGAAUAUCGCCAAGCAAUUUCACUGGGAAACUCCGGCGGAUCCCGCCAAAUUCUGCCAGUACAACUUCGACAUCUCCACGGGGCCUGUCUCCAUAAAAUGGAUGGAAGGUGCAAGCACCAAUAUUUGCUACAAUCUCCUUGAUAGGAAUAUUAAGAAUGGGCACGGAGACUCCAUUGCGUACUACUGGGAAGGAAAUCAUCCAGAUGACUACAGCCGAUUGACGUACAGAAAGCUCCUUGAGGAGGUGUGCAGAUUCGCAAAUGUCUUGAAGGCGCAUGGGAUUAAAAAAGGUGACCGUGUGUCCAUCUACAUGCCCAUGGUGCUGGAAUUGCCGGUUGCAAUGCUCGCGUGCGCCAGAAUUGGAGCUGUUCAUUCAAUUGUGUUUGCUGGUUUCUCCUCAGACUCCCUCGCGGAGCGAAUGAAUGAUUGCAAAGCAAAAGUUCUCAUUACAACGGAUGGUGCGUGGCGAGGUGAGAAAGCCCUCCCACUGAAGGCUCUCUGUGACGAAGCUCUGGAGAAGUGUGAAGCUCUCGGGCAUCGUGUUGAUACCUGCAUUGUUGUGGCGCACAUGAAUCGUGUCACGCCUGGCAAGGAAGGCGGGGAUCUUCCACAGAUCCCAUGGAAUGAUGAUCGUGACUUUUGGUGGCACGAUGAGAUGGAGAAUCACGAAGCAGCAUGUUAUCCGGAAUGGAUGGAAGCUGAAGAUCCGCUAUUUAUGCUCUACACAAGUGGAUCAACGGGAAAACCCAAAGGAGUGCUGCACACAACAGCUGGUUACCUUCUCUACGCAAGUACAACGCUUAAGCUUGUCUUUGACUACAAACCAGGAGAUAUCUACUGGUGUACUGCAGAUAUAGGCUGGAUUACUGGACAUACAUAUGUUGUUUAUGGCCCUCUUGCCAAUGGAGCUACCUCAGUUAUGUUUGAAGGAACUCCGUUCUUCCCAGACAACGAUCGCUACUGGCAGGUUGUGGACAAGUACAAGGUUAAUCAGUUCUACACAGCACCCACAGCUAUAAGAGCUCUCAUGAAAUUCGGCGAUGAACCUGUUAAGAAGCACGAUCUUUCAUCCCUCAGAGUUUUGGGAAGUGUGGGUGAGCCUAUAAAUCCCGAAGCAUGGCUUUGGUAUUACCGCCUAAUUGGGAAGGAAAAAUGCUCCAUUGUGGAUACAUUCUGGCAGACAGAGACUGGUGGGCAUGUUAUUACACCCCUACCAGGAGCGACCCCCAUGAAACCAGGUUCAGCAAGUUUUCCCUUCUUCGGCGUUCAGCCCAUUCUUCUCGAUGAGGGUGGCAAGGAGAUUGAGGGUGAAGGUGAGGGCUACCUUGUCUUUGCACGUCCCUGGCCAGGAAUGAUGCGUACUCUCUUCAAUAAUCACGAGCGCUUCGAAUCCACCUACUUCUCCAAAUUUCCCGGCUACUACUGUACAGGAGACGGUGCUCGCCGUGAUGCCGAUGGAUACCUCUGGAUUACGGGGCGUGUCGAUGAUAUGCUCAACGUUUCGGGGCACUUAAUGUCCACAGCUGAAGUGGAGUCAGUUCUCACAAAGCACAGUGGUGUAUCGGAAGCGGCUGUUGUUGCACGUCCUCAUCCAGUCAAAGGGGAAUGCCUGUAUUGCUUUAUCACCCCCAAUGAGAAUUCCACAUUCGACAAGAAGCUCGUGGAUGAACUGAAAAAGUUGGUACGUGAGAGGAUCGGCCCAUUUGCCCAGCCGGAUGUCGUUCAGCACGCACCGGGACUUCCAAAGACGAGAUCUGGUAAAAUUAUGCGACGCAUCUUGCGCAAAGUGGCCGUAAAUGAUCGCGAUGUUGGUGACAUUUCCACCCUUGCGGAUGAAUCAAUAGUUGAGCAACUUUUCCAGAAUCGUCCGUAAAAAGAAAAUAACUAAAAACAUCCCUCUAAAAUAAAAAAAAGGAAGAUCUUAAAUGUUUUAAGGCUAGAUAUUAGUUGAACACACACAUUGCGCGGAAAGUGCUCCCAGGAGAGCACACAAAUGCAAUAAAAUGCAAGGAAUAACGUUUUAAUUUAACAUUCAUUAAAAGAAAGUUAAGUUUUAGUGUUUAAAAAAAGUCUAUUGGUGCGAUGGUGGGGUCUGAGAGAAUUCAAGAUGUGAUUGAGCGAAAAUAGUUUUUAAAUUGUUAAUUAUUUUUGAGUGUGCUGCAUUGCAGUUUUGUUGAGUUUUAAUUAGAAUUUAAGUUGAAUACUUUUAAAAUAAUUAAAAUUCUCUUUUUUUUUUUACAUGUAAGUGACACCUGUACAUACCAUUUAAAUUCUAGAAAAAAAAGAACAUUCAACUUUUUAUCACUAAAAUCUACAGGUGAUAAGAAUGAAAGAAAAAUGUUCCUCUAACGCAAACACUUUGUAAUAUUUCUUCAGUUAUUAUCUUGAAUAUUUUUUUUUAUAAAUAAUAUUUCUUUAAAUUAAGUUUUCUUAAUGCUUAAGAAAGUAAUAUUAUUGUGCAGCCUUUAGCGCUGAAGGAGACUUUCAUCUCAAAAAAAUAUACAUUCUUUGGAAGAAAAAAAAAAGAAAAUGGAAAAUCUAUUUAGUGUCUAUGAGUGAUAUAUACAAUGCGACAAAACCUACUAAAAAAGGAGCAAAAGAAAAUGUUUAAUGUGUAUUCACAACCGCCCAAAUGAUACAUAUCAUUCCAGCGUGUCUCAUCCCUUUUUUGUGGACUCGUGUGGAACAUUUUACUCUCCAAAAAAAUAUGCUAUUUACAUAAAUAUUUGUUUCUCGUUGCUGGCUUAAAAAAUUCACAUAUUUUAGGAAAAGAUGAAAAGGACAACGCCUAGAGAAAUGAAAUGUUCAGAAAAAUAAAAGAAUUGUUGAGCAGGUAUAUAUACACACAAAAUAUAUAUUAUAGAAAAAAAUGAAGAAAUAUUAAUGUGUUGAAGAAAUAUACUACAAAAUUAUCCCGCAA